AUUUGGAGAGACUCAGGCCAGCAGAGAGGUGCAUAACCAUCACGGGCACCAUGGCCGGGAAAAGGCGAAGACGGAACAUAUCCCGCUCAAGAAGAGCUGAGCUUCAGUUUCCAGUCAGCCGUGUAGACCGCUUCCUCCGGGAGGGAAACUAUUCUAGACGGCUGAGUUCCUCUGCACCCGUGUUCCUUGCGGGUGUUCUCGAGUACCUGACAUCCAACAUCCUUGAACUGGCUGGUGAAGAGGCCCACACCAGUGGCAGGAAGCGCAUAUCUCCAGAACAUUUGUGCCGGGUGGUACAGAACAACGACCAGCUCCACCAACUCUUCAAAGAAGGCACCAAGUCUGUGUUUGAGUCAGCAGAUCCUGAUGAGAACUGAUAAUGCCUGGGUCUCAAGACUCUGGAGGCCCACCACACCUUCAGCCUCAGCCAGCCCCAGUGUCCUACUAGCUGGGGAAGCUAAUCAAACAUGCUAUUAAAGCAUCUAAACCGAA